CAAAAUUCCUCUUGAAAAUGAUGUUUGGCAGUUGUGCCUCAAGCUAAGGGAGGUUGUUGAACUGAUAUGUGCACCGAAAAUCCAUAACAACCAAGUAGCAUAUCUUAAGCUUCUUAUUGAGGAAUACCUCCAACUAAGAAGCACUUUAUUCCCAGAAAAAAUGCUCCAGCCCAAACACCAUUACCUUGUCCACUACCCAGAGCUCAUCCUCCAUUUUGGUCCCCUUAUUCAACUCUGGACAUUACGAUUCGAAAGUAAGCACAGCUAUUUUAAGCAGUGUGCAAGGAAACUGCAUAACUUUAAAAAUCUUUGUCGUACUUUAGCUGAAAGACACCAGUUGCUGCAAGCAUUUUUACAUGCCGGCAGUGUAUUUCCUCCUGUGCUUCAAAUAGGGGAAGCAACAAAGUUUGAUGAUCAACUAUACCAGACUGGAAUUCAGAAUGCUAUUAGUCUCAAAGGCCUUCAUCCAGAGUACACUAUUGAAACACCCUUUGUCAUAUUUAAAGGGACAAUGUACAAAAGAGGCAUGGCUGUUGUAGUUCACCAGAAUGACAUGGGGUACAAAUUUGGAAAAAUUGUGCUCAUACUGGUCAAUCAGUCGUGUGUGCAUUUUGUUGUUCAGCAGUAUCAGUCUGUACCUGUUGUGGAUCUUGGUGUGCAUUGUCUUCAAAGCACUAGUGAUGUUCCUUAUGAGUGUGUGAAUGUGGACAGUCUUGUAGAUUACUACACAUUGCCUGUGUAUAAUCAAUUUGGUCUCCACUUGAUUGCCAUGCACCAUUCUGUGUGUUACAGGUAAAAGACUAAAUCAUGGACUCAAUUGAGAGUGCCAUUCAGGCUGCCCUACCACAGCUGGAUAGAGAGAAACUUGAAACAGUGGUUGGAGAAUUGGUGUCCAAGUUAGGUGUGGAAGGACCAGAUGAUCUGCAGUUCAUUAAAGAGGAAGAUGUUAGACAUUUGCUCACACCCAUUCAGUGCAGAAAGCUUCUUCAUACCUUCAAAAGGGAUUCAAGAAUUGGAUCGGUCACCUCUUCACCUGAGGAAGAAACUGUUGCUUCCUCUAGCACUGUGUCUUAUCCCAGUCAAAGAAUCAUUUCAUGUGAGAACAGUGAUUGGUUGAGUGGGUUCCAGGUUCCAUGGGAGGAAAUGAGGCCCACUCUCAGAAGAGCCAUUGAUGCUGGCAAAAGACCAGAGGCAGAAGAUCGCAGACACAUGGUAAAAGUCACUGUUGAUUCCAUGAGAGAACAUUGCUUGAACCCGACGCGCAAAGACUGCACAGCAGUAGCAAAAGCUAUAAUCCAAAAGUAUCCAGGAAGCUUUUUAGAUAAAACUGAGGAGGGAGAAACAAUUGGAUGUGGAUACUUUAGCUUACUCAAUCAGCUCAAGACCAGAAUUGAGUAUAUUACUAGAGGCAAUACACUCUCCCGUCUGAGAAAGCCCAGAUGCUCUCAGGCAAGUAAUGAUGACCAGACAUCAGCUCCCAAAUGUGCAAGAAUUGACAGCUAUGGGUGUAUCAGGUGGCAGCCACAGGAGUACCCAGAGGGGGAAACAUUAACAUCACUGGAAGAAAAGAGGAAAGAGAUGGUGGAUAUAUUCAGUCAAGAGGGGCUAAGGGCAGCUGAGAGAGGGAGGGUAAAGGAGCUAAUGACAAUCACAUAUAUAAAACAGCGAGAGGACAUAAAUGCAGACCCACCCUCCAGCAUUCUGGACAUAACUAAGCAGUGGCCUUUUCUUCAGUCAUGGAAGUUCUUACUUUACCACUUCACUACUCUCACUGGUGUUGAACUGCAAUCAAGACUGAAUGAAGACUUGGACAAAAAAGGGAAGCGGCUCCUGGAGUUCUUCAGAUGUCAGCUGAUGAAGUGGAGUAAAGAAGUUAAAGCUGUUUUGCAGGAAGCCUUGAACACGGACAGAGAGGGCACUGAUGGUCUUGCAGCGAUGCUGGUCAUGAUGGCACAUUUCAAAGUGGCAGAGGAUGCCCUUUUUCUCCUUGCAGAU